UCAUAGACGUUUGGUUUCGUGUAAUAUUAUUUAAAAAAAAAAAACUCAGAAGAAUGCUUGAGCCCCAAAACGCAGACUCCCCUUGAAAUCUUAGGGUUUAUAUCGGAAGUCUUAUGGGAAUCCAACUGGAGAAUCUGGUGGAGACGAUCAAAUCGAAGGUGGGUAUGCUGAAGAAGAAGACGACGUCGAAGAAGAAGAAACCGUACGUGAAAAUGGACAAGAGCUCGAGCGUUAAGGUGGAGAUCUGUCGGAGAAAAACCAGAGAUCUCAUCGAGAAGACGUUGAAGAUCGCCGAUCGCCCUGGGAAACGAACACUCUCCUAAUCUUGUCAAUUGGGUAUGCAUGUACGUAUGUUUCAUGUUUGUGUUCGUAGGGUUUCUUUUCGGAAAUAAAAUAAAAAAAGAAAAAAAAUCGGUACUGUUUGGUCUCUGUAAUUUCUGGAUUUAGGAAGAAGAUUGUGAUGAAGUAGUUCUAUAAAUUUAGAAUUUUUAAAAAUGAUUAUAUACGUGAAAUUCAAGAGUAAGAAUAAUAUCGGAAGAAGGUUCGAUUU